AGGAGCAAGCCAAAAACUUUUGCGUUCGACCACUGUUUCUAUUCUCUUGACCCGUCCGCGGAAAAUUUCGCAAGCCAAGACGUGGUGUUCGACGCCCUGGGACGCGACAUUUUGGACAAUGCGUUUCAGGGUUACAACGCCUGCAUUUUCGCUUAUGGCCAAACCGGGUCUGGGAAGUCGUACACAAUGAUGGGAAGCGGCGAGAACAAGGGCAUCAUACCACGGCUGUGCGACAACCUCUUCGACAUGAUCGCGAAGCAGCAGAGCUCGGAGCUCACCUACAAAGUUGAAGUCUCCUACAUGGAGAUCUACAACGAGAAGGUGCACGACCUGCUGGACCCGAAACCGAACAAACAAUCGUUGAAAGUCAGGGAACACAAUGUCUUGGGCCCGUACGUGGAUGGACUUAGUCAGCUCGCCGUCACAUCCUUCCAGGACAUCGACAAUCUGAUGGCAGAAGGCAACAAGUCGAGGACAGUGGCGGCGACGAACAUGAAUUCGGAGAGUUCCCGCUCCCACGCGGUGUUCUCUGUGAUCCUGACGCAAACGUUGACGGAUUCGAAGAGCGGCGUCAGCGGCGAGAAGGUCUCGCGAAUGAGCUUGGUGGACUUGGCAGGAAGCGAAAGGGCUGCGAAAACUGGGGCAGUGGGCGAUAGGCUUAAAGAAGGAAGCAAUAUAAACAAAUCCCUAACGACGUUGGGUCUAGUCAUUUCGAAACUGGCGGAUCAGAAUUCCGGAAGUAAUAAGAAUAAGGAUAAGUUCGUGCCGUACAGGGACUCCGUUCUGACGUGGCUGUUGAAGGACAACCUUGGUGGAAACAGUAAAACCGUAAUGGUAGCCACUAUAUCUCCCGCAGCGGAUAAUUAUGAAGAAACGCUUUCCACAUUGCGGUACGCGGACAGAGCAAAGAGAAUCGUUAAUUAUGCUGUGGUCAACGAGGAUCCAAACGCGAGAAUCAUUCGAGAAUUAAGGCAGGAGGUGGAAACGCUGAAGGAGAUGCUGUUACAUGCGACUGGAUCGAUACUGGGCCAGCAACGCACAGACAUAACGGAGAAGCUCUCGGAAUCGGAACGAUUGAUGAAGGAGAUGUCGCAGACGUGGGAGGAGAAGCUAGUGAAAACAGAGAGGCUGCAGCACGAGAGGCAACAAGCCUUGGAGAAGAUGGGAAUCAGUGUCCAGGCUUCUGGUAUCCAAGUGGAGAAGAACAAGUAUUACCUCGUUAAUCUGAACGACGAUCCAAGCUUAAACGAGCUGCUAGUUUACUAUCUAAAAGAGAGGACUCUAGUGGGAGGUCGUUCCGCUAAGACAGAUCAAGAUAUUCAAUUGCACGGAUUAGGUAUCCUGCCUGAACACUGCGUCAUCACGAUAGAAGAGACUGGUCUCUAUAUGACGCCAUUAAACGGUGCUAGGUGUUUCGUAAACGGCACCCAAGUUGUAGAGAAAACGCCUCUAUUGCACGGCGACAGAAUCGUCUGGGGAAAUCAUCAUUUCUUUCGAGUGAAUUGCCCGAGGAGUGCAACAGCGAUCAACAGUGAGCCUCAGACACCGGCCCAGAAUAUCGAUUACAACUUCGCCCGGGAAGAGCUGAUGCUUAACGAGCUAUCGAACGAUCCCAUUCAAAGAGCUAUCGCCAGACUCGAGAAACAGCACGAGGAAGAUAAGCAGGUUGCGCUGGAAAAGCAGAGACAAGAGUACGAGCGACAGUUCCAACAGCUUCGUAACAUUUUGUCUCCUUCGACGCCUUACUCUCCUUACGUACCGUACGAUCCCUUGAGAGGCAGUCAAAGUGGUAAAUUGCCUGCCUGCACGCCAACUACGCAAAUGCGAGUGGAGAAAUGGGCCCAAGAAAGGGACGAGAUGUUCAAGAGGAGUUUAGGUCAAUUGAAGGCGGACAUCUUGAAGGCGAACGCGUUGGUCCAGGAGGCGAACUUCCUCGCGGAAGAAAUGGAAAAGCAAACGAAGUUUAGUGUUACCCUGCAAAUUCCGCCGAACAAUUUAAGUCCGAACAGAAAGCGAGGCGCGUUCGUCAGCGAGCCCGCGAUCCUGGUGAAAAGGACGAACAUGGGUAGCCAAGUAUGGUCGAUGGAGAAAUUAGAGAAUAAGUUAGUCGACAUGCGGGAUAUGUACGAGGACAGAAAAGAUCCCAACAAUUGUCACCGAUUACCUGCCAUUAAGGACGAAGUUCCCGGGAAGACUCAGGAUCCUUUCUACGAGUCCCAGGAGAAUCACAAUCUCAUCGGCGUAGCGAAUAUUUUCUUAGAGGUUCUGUUUCACGACGUUCGGUUAGACUAUCACACGCCAAUUAUCAGCCAACAGGGAGAAGUCGCUGGACGACUGCAGGUCGAGAUUAGUCGGAAAUCUGGUCACUUCCCACAGGAUCGUAUGUGCGAGGCAGCAUCAGAAUCUUCAGCCGACUCCACGUCGUCUGAACCUGAAGAUUAUUCCGGAUCGAGUCAUAUGACUUGUUGCGUGACUAUCAAACAAGCCACCGGUUUACCUCUGUCCUUGAGUCAUUUCGUAUUCUGUCAGUACAUGUUCUGCGGUCAUCCGGAUCCUAUAGUGGUCCCAGCCGUCGACAACUCGGAGCAGCUUAAUUCGAAUUGCCAGAUGGGACAGAGGGACUCUUUGGUGUUCAAGUUCGAUCACAGGAAAGAGUUCACUGUGCCCAUGACGGAGGAAUUUAUGGAACAUUGUGCUGAAGGCGCCUUAAGUAUAGAAGUUUGGGGACACCGAAGUGCCGGUUUCUCUCGAAGCAAACCAGGCUGGGAAGUGGAGCAACAGCUCGCCAAAGCUAGAUCCCUGGCUGAUCGUUGGUCGGAAUUAACGCGAAAGAUUGAACUGUGGGUGGAAAUUCAGGAACUGAACGAACAAGGAGAAUAUUCACCUGUCGACGUAGUUGUCAAACAAGAUACAUGCACAGGGGGAAUUUAUCAAUUACGUCAAGGGCAACAACGACGAAUACAAGUUCGUGUGAAACCGGUUCAAAAUUCAGGAACGUUGCCUAUCAUUUGUCAGUCGAUAUUGAACAUAGCAGUUGGCAGUGUUUCUGUGAGAAAUCGUCUUCAGAUAUCAUUGGACAGUUAUCAAGACGAAGACUUAAGCGCGUUGAGGGAAAAAUGGAGCGAAGCCUUGAUGAGAAGAAGACAGUACUUGGAUCAACAGAUACAGAAACUUAUUAACAAACAUGAUAAAACGGAGCAAGACAUGGAACGAGAACAGAGUCUCGUGGAUCAAUGGGUGAAUCUUACAGAAGAAAGGAACGCGGUGUUAGUCCCUGCGGCAGGAUCAGGAAUACCUGGUGCUCCUGCUGAUUGGAAUCCUCCUGCAGGAAUGGAACCACACAUUCCUGUUCUGUUUCUUGAUCUGAAUGCUGACGAUCUCUCGACCCAUCAGUCAGGAGAGGAAGUCUCCGUAACAGGAUUGAAUUCCAUCUUACCCAAGGAGCACGGUAACAAAUUUUACAACCUACCGAUUAUUCGACGUAUAGAGAAAGACGUGUGCGCAAUUGCCGCCUGGGACUCCAGUAUACACGACAACAAACACUUGAACAAAGUGACAGAUGCGAACGAACGGGUUUUUUUAAUUUUAAAAACUACGGUACGCCUGUCGCAUCCUGCACCGAUGGAUCUCGUUCUGCGUAAACGAUUAGCCCUGAACAUCUACAAACGGCAAAGUUUCGCUGACAGAUUCAUCAAGCGAAUCGUUCGUACCGAUUGUUUAACGCAAACCGGAGUCACAUACGAAGUUGUAUCGAACAUACCAAAGGCGAGCGAGGAGCUGGAAGAUCGCGAAAGUCUGGCGCAGAUAGCAGCCAGCGGUGAGGACAACAGUUUAUGCGACGGUGAAACGUACAUUGAAAAAUAUACACGCGGUGUUUCUGCGGUGGAAAGUAUCUUAACUUUAGACCGACUACGACAAAACGUCGCGGUAAAAGAAUUACUGCAAGCACAAGGUCAACCACUUAUGCGCAAGACAGCUAGCGUACCCAACUUCUCGCAGAUCAUGAGAUCCGAUACAUCAAUGGACUCUCUGAACGUGAUGCGUUCUGAAAGCGUGACUGAUCUGAACACCGAGCUGAAUGGAAUUCUGCAUUCACGUCGCGCAUCCACUGGCCACACUAGAAACGACGAGAACUUCGUUCCAGCUCCGGCGAAACCGUUCGGAAUCGCAUCCCCGAAUAUGGUGGGUAGCAAACUGGGCCUACGAAUGACCACUCUGCACGAAGAAACGUCGAAUGUUGGUAAUCAGGUGUCGACACCUGUUCACGACGAGGACGAAGAGAAGAGCGACGCUGAUUACUUGGAAUAUGACGCGUAUCAGGCACCGGCGAAACCAGUAAAACCGCUAACUUCUUCACGCACACUGGAUUCUCUCGUCGAACUUCAAUCGACGAAGAUCAACACGCCAAGCAUGAGCAGCAGCGGUUACGGUUCCCAAGCCGUGUCUACAACCAAUCUAACAUCCGAGGACUCGAUCUCCGUCAAGUCGAUCAGCGUGGACGAGACACCGGAUCUGGAAUACCGAAAUCUGCUGGACAACAAGAAAUCGGAACGGAUGGAUAGCUCGUUGGUCGAGGAGACACCGGAAGAGUACAUGGGCGAGAUGACCAACGCGUUGGACAACUUGAACGUAAUGGUGAAGAACACUCGCAACGAGGAACGUACUAGAAAGAACUUGGAAGAAACAGGCGCCUACAUGGAUGCGGAUAUCGAUAGUCCAGUUUCUUCGACGAAAAGCGACAGCGAUGCAAACAGUGGAACGCAUACAAGCACUAUUCACAAAAAGGAUAUACCGAGUCAAGUUUUGAAUAAUCGAAGAAAAAGCGACAUGGAGAUCAGUCAGGCGUCGAAUUCUGGAGAAGACAGUCCCCUGGAGGGUAGCUCAGUUGUACACACGAAGCUACCACCGGGCAAGGUCGUGCGGCGAAGAAAAGCUUCUGCUAAUACAGGCAGACCUACCAGUUCUCAGCACAGGGCUUCAUUCCCCAUGGUCCGUCCACAACUCUCAGAGAGCAAAGCAGCAGCACGAUUAGAACAAUCAAUGCAAUCUAAUAUGCCCUAUGAAAAUGGCGACAACAGCUCUUCUGAACGAAUCGAUGACGACGUGAGCGAUAAAAGUUCGGCUUUCGGUUCGAGACACGACUUAAGCAGAGUCGAAACACCGCUUCCAGAUUGGGUUGUAGUUGGAGAAUCGGUGUUGGUUCGUCCUUACAGUUACUCUGGUGUAAUAGCGUAUGUUGGCUCAACAGAAUUCGCAUCUGGGACGUGGAUAGGAGUCGAACUUGACGCUCCAACUGGUAAAAAUGAUGGUGCUGUGAAUGGCCAUAGGUACUUCACGUGUCGACCGAAAUGCGGAAUCUUCGUUAAAGUGGACAAACUAAUUCAAGACAAACGAGGCAGAGCACUUAGAAACUACACUGUCACUAUUCCUCAACCUGCACCAAUGCGCAGAAGCGUUAGCAGAGGUGAGGGUUUACAUUCCUUGCACCGAAGUCGGAGCCGAGGGGAAGGCCUCUCAAUAACGGGCACACGAUCUUCUCCACGGGGCAAGUAAACGGAUCACAACACCCGCUUCACCGUAACUUCGUUUUACUAAUAAGCCACUAAAUAUCGUAAAUUGCUACAUGCCUAUGAUAUGUGUAGCAGCAGUGUUUCAGUCCCUUAGAAAUUAGGGCAGCUAUGGAUUAAUUAAUUACUUAUAAAUAUUACUUGAAAUAUUAGGUCAUUAAUGUGUAUCACACAAAGCAUGGGACGUUCUCUCGAUUCGAA